AUGGCCACCUGCUGGCAGGGCCUGAAGGCCUAUCGCUCCUAUCUGAUUGUGCUCCUCCUGCCCAUUAUUCUGCUGCCUCUGCCCAUCCUGAUUCCUACAAAGGAAGCCUACUGCGGCUACAGCAUCAUCAUUAUGGCACUCUUUUGGUGCACCGAGGCACUACCCCUGGCCCGUCACUGCCUUCUUCCCCUAGUCCUGCUCCCUAUGAUGGGGAUCAUGGAAAGCCUCUGAGGUAACUGCCCCCACCCCCAGGUCUGCAUUGAGUACCUGAAGGAUACCAACAUCCUGUUCAUCGGGGGGCUGCUGGUGGCCAUCGCUGUGGAACACUGGAACCUGCACAAACGAAUCGCCCUCAACGUGCUCCUCAUCGUCGGGGUGCGGCCCGCCAGGCUGAUGCUGGGCUUCAUGCUGGUCACUGCCUUCCUGUCCAUGUGGAUCAGCAACACAGCCACCACGGCCAUGAUGGUGCCCAUCGCACACGCCGUACUAGAGCAGCUGCACAGCUCAGCCAGUGAUGUGGAGAAAGGCACCAACAAUCCCACCUUCGAGCUCAGGAGCUGGGUCCCCCAGAAAGAAGAAUCCAAGCUUGACAAUGGGCAGGCACCCCCCAGUUUGCCUGCGCCCCCUAGUUUCCAGUCGAAGAAGAAGCAGAAUCAGCUGCAAUUCAGCCAGGGCAUGAGCCUGUGUGUGUGUUACUCCGCCAGUAUCGGGGGCAUCGCCACACACACGGGCACCACCCCCAACCUGGUGCUGCAAGGCCAGAUCGACACCCUCUUCCCUGAAAAUGGCAACGUGGUGAACUUUGCCUCCUGGUUUGGCUUUGCCUUCCCCACCAUGGUCAUCUUGCUGCUGCUGGCGUGGCUGUGGCUGCAGGUCCUCUUCCUGGGGUGUAGAGCACUUUGCCUGCACUUCCGGAAGAACUUUGGCAUAGGGGGAGAUGCACGUGAUCAGGAGAAAGCCGCCUACCGCGUCAUCCAGACUGAGAAAAAGCAGAUGGGCUCCAUGACCUUUGCCGAACGGCAGUAUCCGUCCCUCUUUGUCCUGCUGGUGGUGCUUUGGUUCACCCGGGAGCGGGCCUUUUUCACUGGCUGGGGCAACCUGGCUUUUCCCAAUAGCAAAGGGGAUAGUAUGGUGUCUGAUGGGACCGUGGCCAUCUUUAUCAGCAUCAUUAUGUUCAUCAUGCCCUCUGAGAUCCCCGGGCUAACUCAGGAUCCAAACAAACCCGGGAAGGUGAAGGGACCUCCAGCCCUCCUCAACUGGAAGACUGUGAAUGAGAAGAUGCCCUGGAACAUCGUCUUCCUGCUGGGCGGUGGCUUCGCUUUGGCCAAGGGCAGUGAGAAAUCUGGCCUGUCCCGAUUGGCUGGGGAACAUUGCUGUACCCCACUGGGUGACAUUCCACCUCCUGCCAUUGCCCUUAUCCUCUGCCUCAUGGUUGCCACCUUCACUGAGUGCACCAGCAAUGUGGCCACCACCACACUCUUCCUGCCCAUCCUGGCCCUCUAUGGUGAAAAAUCUGCUAUACAUCCACUCUACAUCAUGCUCCCCUGCACCUCUGUCUGCCCCCUGGCCUUCAUGCUGCCCGUGGCCACCCCACCCAACGCCAUUGUCUUCUCAUUCGGGGGCCUCAAAGUGUGCCGACAUGGAUUCCUGCUCAACAUCCUCGGGGUGCUCGUCAUCAUGCUGGCCAUCAACAGCUGGUCCUACCCCAUCUUUCAGCUACAAGAAUUCCCCAUCUGGGCUGACAUCUCUAAACAACAAAAGCUGCUUGGUCAACAUCACUGCCACCCCCAGACCCUAGACUCGGGGAAAAACAGUCUAGGCUGGAACACCCUUGGGAAGGCACAACUACAUGGGGACACCAUGGCUGUUCCCCCGCGGACAGGGGAUCCUGACAGGACAUGCCAGACAGAAGCAAGGGGGAAGAACCAGGUGGUGGGCGCCGCACCCACCCUGGCCCCCCAGGCUGGCAUUCCUCACUCAUGA